UCCAAUCCUCAUCACUCACACUCACCCAAACCAAUAAUUGCUUCCAAGAAUUCACAACACAACUUCACCCCCAAUCCCUCUCAUUCUCCCAACAACCAUUUUCAACCACCUUUUUUCCCAGUAAAUAAAUAAAUCCAACCAAAACAAACAAGCCAAGAAAAAUAAAAGUCAAAAACCCAAAAAGUUUCCAACCAAAACCACACAUGACAUAAUUCACAUUAAUAAUAAUAAUAAUAAUAAUAAUAAUAAUCCCUCCCUCACCACUUUCUCCAUCACAAUGCAAAACCCACCCACCGUUGUCGCCUCAGCCCCGCCGCCGCUCCCCCUCCUCCCUCCGCCGCGCCCCGCCGGCCAAGUCACCGUCCUCCCCUUCCCACCGCCGCCCCCGUUCCCCGGAGCCCCCAACUCCGUCUUCCAGAUCACCGUCCUCCCCCUCCCGCCGCCGCCGCCGCUCGCCGGAGCUCCCAGCUCCGUCGAUCUCUCCCCGCUCGAGUUCCUCCUCGCCCUCCUCGCCGUCGUCACCAUCCCGGCGCUAAUCUACACCUUCAUCUUCGCCUUCCGCUGCCCCUCGCGCCGCCGCUGGCUGCGCGAGCCUUCCGCCGGCGAGCCCUCCGUGGCGUCGGAAGCUUCCCACCUCGACGUCGAGAUCGCCGCCACCGCCGCCACCGCCGACACCGGCGUAAAGUACCGGAAAGAGACCCACGGCAAGGAAAUCGGCGGCGAGUGCCCGGUGUGCCUGUCGGCGUUCGCCGACGGCGAAGAAGUCCGGCAGCUGAGCGCGUGCAAACACUCGUUUCACGCUUCUUGCAUUGACAUGUGGCUCAGUAAGCACUCCAAUUGUCCAAUUUGUCGUGCCGUCAUUGUUGUCACUACUAUUACCACUACUCGCGACGGUGACUCUGAACAGAGUUAUCAUCGCGAUGCGUCUAGUUUUGUUUGAUUUUUAAUUUUUGGUAAUUUUUUUUUAUAAAUAUGGAGUUUUUACCUUUUAUAAAGAAAAUCCGAUUAUUCGUGAUUUGUAAGUAGUGUUCGGGAUUUCUAAGUAGUUUCCACUCCUUUAUGGUACUUGAGUUGUGAAUGUUGGGUGAGAAGGGGUUUGGUGGAGUGAGAGUAGUGAGGAGGAUAGAUAGGAAUUGGGAAAAGUUGCAUCCAAGUUCAGUGAUUGAACACUUGAAUUGUAAUGGAAUGAUACUUCUGUGUAUCAGUGUAUGAUUUGGAUUUAUGGCUUAAAAUGGAAUCUAGAUAGCUGGGAAGUUUCCUUUC